CCUGGGGACAUCAACUCCCCUCCUCCCCGAGCUCGUGGGGACACUGGUGCCACAGAGCUGCGGGGACCUCGAGGACAGUUGGAGGGAUCCGGGGGAGGGGCGGGGGUGUCGCUGCUCGGGGCUGUGUCCCCUUCGCUGCUUCGGGGCCUUCUCGGGGGCUCAGAGGGAGCUGGCAGUGCCACCACCUCCCUGCUGACUGUCCCCGCGUUAUCCCCCUCACUGGGGGCUGCCAGGCCCCUUUGGCAUCCCCUUCCUCCUCCUCGCGCUCAGGAUGAGGCUGGCAGUGCCAUCCCCCUUAUCCUGCGCUGUCCCCGCGCUGUCCCCACGCUGUGCCCCUCACUGGGGGCUGCGGGGCCCCUUUGGCGUCCCCUUCCUCCUCCUCCUCCUCCGCCUCCUCCUCCUCCCCGCGCUCAGAGCGAGGCUGGCAGUGCCACCACCUCCCCCGCGAGUGUCCCCGCGCUGUCCCCACGCUGUCCCCGCGCUGUCCCCGCAGCCGAGGCUGGCAGCUGCCUGCAGGACGGGCACCGCUACAGCGACAAGGACGUGUGGAAGCCGGAGCCGUGCCGGAUCUGCGUGUGCGACACGGGGACAGUGCUGUGCGACGAAAUCAUCUGCGAGGAGCUGCGGGACUGCCCCAGCCCCGAGAUCCCCUUCGGAGAGUGCUGCCCCAUUUGCCCCACCGAGCAGCCCAGUGGUUGGCAGCCAGGCCCGAAG